CGAUUCAUUCGUUUUCCUGUCAAUUUGUAACAAUGUUUCAUUUUUAUAACAAAACACACUCACUUUUGGUAAUAUUGAAAAUCUAUUAUUAGUAUCUGAAUCAUCACUGAAAUUAUUUUAGUUCGCUUUAUUUCAUAUUAUUAAAAAAAAUCGUUCUAAAACUGAUUUACCUGUUAAUUCAAAUAUGACUUCUAUUCAUAAUUACCCCUUAUAUUGCAUGUUUUAAGAUGAAUGUGCCUAUAUGAAAUCAAAAUUAAAAACUUUCGAACCACUUUUUACGUGGCUUUUAUCAAUUCGCAGAAUAAUUUUAUAGAAUUAUGACAGUGAUUUUUGAAACUAUAUCUAGAAACCUUUAGAGUUAGACUGAAUGUGUUAAUUUAGCAAAAUAAAUAAUUUAUUUCCUCAAUGAGCAUUUCACAUAAAAGAAAGUGUAAACUGCAUGAUUUUGUUACAGAAAACUCCGUGUCAUCACAAAUUAUUUCGUCGUCUCCCUUGCAUUUGCCGAUAUCCUUGUUGCAAUGGUGGUUAUGCCGUUCAACUUCAGCGUGCAGUUCAAUCAGGGCUGGGUAUUCGGGAAGACAAUAUGUGAUCUCUGGAACUCCUCCGACGUAUACUUUACAUCAACAUCAAUACUCCACUUGUGUUGCAUCUCCGUUGAUAGGUACUACGCCAUUGUGAAACCUUUGAAAUAUCCUAUCAAGAUGACAAAAAAGAUGGCGUUUGUGAUGUUAGCAGCAACAUGGUUGAGUCCAAUAACAAUAUCUUACGUCCCAAUAUUCAUGGGUUGGUACACAACUACAGAUUUCCUCGAGAUGCGUAAAGAUGAUGAGUGCGAAUUCAAAGUGAACAAACCAUACGCCGUUAUAUCGAGUUCAAUAUCGUUUUGGAUACCUUGUACAAUAAUGAUAUUUACGUAUUUAGCGAUAUUCAAAGAGGCUAAUAGACAAGAGAAAGCGUUACACGCUAGAGCUGGUAACGCAAUGCUAAUGCACAGACAUUCUAGAGAAGUAAGCGAUAAGAAUGGAGCAUUACAUAUAAACGCUACCACCCCAACCAAAGAUAGAAAUAUAUUGAAGAUGAAGAGAGAACAUAAAGCAGCAAGAACAUUAGGCAUUAUUAUGGGAGCAUUCAUUCUUUGCUGGCUACCUUUCUUCCUCUUUUAUGUGUCGACAUCUUUGUGUGACUCGUGUAGUUGUCCAGAAGUAGUGACAGUGAUUAUGUUUUGGACUGGUUAUUUCAAUUCCGCUUUGAACCCUAUAAUUUACGCGUAUUUUAAUAGAGAUUUUCGUAACGCUUUCAAAAAUACUUUAGCUUGUGCAUUCUGUAGUUUCUGCAAGCGUAGUGCAUCAGAUUUAGAUGCAAUGGAACGACUUGAUAGACGUGGAUCAGCGCAGCUAAGAGUGCCAAUCCCUUCUAGAAGAGCAUCGGAUUUAGCGUCGCUUUGAAUGUCGUAAUGACGACAGCCUUUUGAGGCCUACUUUAAUUUCAACGAAAUAUUUUAGGCUCUGGUGUACUUAUACAUAUUUUAUGUUGACUGAGUUAUAGAUAUUGUUAAAAUGAACAGUGAAGCAUCGCCGAGUUUGACCUCUAGAGUUUCAGUAAAAGCCGUGACAUUAAUUGAUGAUGGUAAUAUAAAAAGCCAUGUUAAACAUAAUAACGUUUCCUUUGGGAAAAUGCCAAAUAUUGUACGGGCAGCAAAAAUCACAAGUUGACCAUUAAAUUGUAUGGAAAUUUGAUGUUGUAUUUACAAGUAGUAAUGCAUAAUUAUAGCGUUAAAUUUCCUGACUUUCAUAAUUAAUUGGAUUUUGUUUUACCAAAUUAAAUUCUAUGUUUUAUUCGAUAAUAUAGAUAGAUAUUUUACUCUUACAAAAUAAUAUCAAUAAAUCUCUAGGCUUUCACUUUUAAUUUGAAUUUAUUUUACCAAAGAACUACUUUUCCAGUUUGAUUAAUCUAGUUCUAGAAUUUAAAAUACAAAUGAAAUUCCGUGUCUAGGGUUAGUAUAAAUAAGGAUGAUUAAAUAUGUUUUUUAAUUACCAUAAAUUAUAUUUAGAGGCUGAUGAACUUAUGUGUAUCAAUGGCCUAUAUUUCUUAACUAAAAAAGUGUAAUACAUGUAGGCCGAAUCAUAUUAUUAAAUGUAAAUAAACAUAGUCAUUAAUAGUAUUAUUUAUUUUAUUUAUGUAAAUGAAUAGUCUAUGGAAAUAUUUUAAGCUGGAUGUAUUAUAGUAUGAAUUUUAUUGAAAAAUAUUAAACCAUUUUCAUAUUAGAUAUAUUCUCGUGGUAAUAUAGCAUCAAUAAGAGAUAUCAAAAACUAUGUGGAGAUGAGAGUAAUUUUUGUAUGAUUUAUCAAAAUUUUUAUAAGAAUUAUGUAGCUAUAUUACAGUUUAAUAGAAAGUCAUAUUGAAUAUAAAAAUGGGACUUGUGUAAUAUUUGGUUUUGAACAUUUUUCUAUAUUAAAACUUUUUAGCAACAUUAUUUUUACAUUUGCCACAUUGUAAAUAAUCAUUAGUGAGAUUUUACUCUGAUUGUAAAUAAUAUAAGACAAGUUGAAAAGAUGCAGAGCAUGAACGUGUACAUAGAAUAGUAGAUAGAUUAGUUAUAAUGAAGUAUUAGAAAUAAAUGUUUUUGUUUAAACAUUAAUAGGAAGAUACGAUAAUGAUAUGGGGACAAAUAACGCUUCAAUAGAAAAUGAAAAAAAAAAAACGAUUUUAAAAUAAUUAUCGAUGUACUAUUAAAUUAAUUGACAAUCCCGUUAGAUUCGAUGUGUCAGUGUUGUGUCGAAAAUUUGUUUUUAAUAUAGAUGUAAUAAUAAAAAAGACUAAUAUCUCUUUAUAAUUAUUAAAGAUAUUUUUCAAAUAAUCGGAAAUUUCUAUCAAAUUUAAACUUUAUGAUAUAAUUAAAUCCAGUUCUAAAUUAUAAAUUAAACAACCAAUGGUAGAAAAGCUCUUUAACCUUUAUAUCGUUGCACUGAAGUAUAUAAACGAUAAAUUUACUUUGAACUGGAUUUUAUUAGUAAGUACUAAUAACUGGAAGAAAGUCCUCUAUCUAAUGUGAAUAAUAUUUUUUAAAUGGGUCAGUCAAUUGAUAAACAUUGUUAUGUCAUUUAUUAUUAUAUCAAAACAUCACCUUAUUAGUAAAUUGUACAGGAAAAGUUUUUAGUUUGUCAACAAUAUUUAAUAAAUACAGUGUUCUUUUUUAAUCUCCUGCCAUCGGAUAUAAAAUAUGUUUAUAGCACAUCACUAUUUAAUUAUGAUUACUGAAUAAUCGUGCGUUUUUUGUUAAUAUAUCUACAGUUUGUUUACUGUAGUUAAAUAAAUAUGAAAAUGUUAAUAUGUAUAAAAAUAAAAUGUAUCACUUUAAAUAUAUGAAAUUUUAAUAAAUUGUUAGUAAAUUGUGUUUAUAUAACUUUAAAAUUUUAUAAGAAAAAUUUUGGUCCGAUUACAAAUUAUUUCUAUAUAGAACUGAUAUUGGCACUCUUAAUUAUAUCAACUUCAUGAAUCACCAGACAGUGAUUCGAUGUAAAACUAUCAAUUGACUACCAUGUUAGCAGAUAAUUUGACAUUUUCAACUAAUCAAUAUAUAUAUUGUCUACAAAGUGUUACGUAAUCUGUGUGAACGACUAACAUUGAAUUUUAGUUUGAAUGUGACUUCGAAACAAAUGCUAUUGUAAAUUCAAUGUGUCUUCCUUUUGAAUAAGUAAUUAGGCUCAAAUUUUAUGAUAAAAGGAAAUAUUUAAUAUAGAAACCGUACAGAUACUAGAUUAACGAAUUUUAAUAAAAAAAAAACUAUAACCGAUUUUUAGUCUUUGUCGUGUUUAGUAAAUGCCCACAUCAAAAUAACUGGGGCUCUAAUUUAAAUUGAGUAAUAAUAAAUGGUUGUGAAUUUUUUAGAUAUUACAACUAACUUCUUAUACGAAUCAUAUCUGUAUUUGAGAAAUUGGUGAUUUAUUUAUUAUUUCUUUCAUCUAAUACCGUUAACACUAUAUUCACUUCUACUUAGAAGUUGAAAUACAAGCAUGGUUUAUUUGUUUCAGUUGAGAUCCGUCCAAUUCAUUUGUCUCUUCAACGUAGCCUUAACAGUAGUCUGUGUGUUGAAAUAAUCUAGAAAAUAGCUCUCGUGUAGAUAAUACUUCGUACUUCAAAAUGCCAUGUUGUAUCUCACUCUAACACUCGUAUCGAAAGAAGUACCUAAUUACUUGAGAAUAUCUCAUAUUGUAACCGAAUAAUUUUAACCGAUAGACGAGAAUUUUAAUGAAUCACUGCCAAUGGCUAAUGUUCUAAAAUUUGACAUCUGACACUUCAUUGAAAUACUUGUUUAUUAGUUAAAAAUAUAUGCUGAAAUUAUGAUACGAGUGUUAAAGUUUAGAAACAUCCAUGACACUUUGAUUGGUAUAAAACAAUCGGACAUUGAAUGAAGUUCGAUGAUAUUCAGUAAUAAAAUAUUUAUUGAUAGUUACGUCAAUGUUUGGAUAUAGAUUAAAAAUCUUUUCUCCAAAUUCAUUUUCAUCAUUAUCUAGUAAAUCUGUUUUAUAUUAAUGAAUAUUUUAGAUUACACGCAGAAAUGAUUGAUUUUCAUGGUUGUCUUGACUGUUUUAAAUGCUAAAACUACAUCUAUUACUUCUAACUUUGACGCUACGUCUCUUUCCUUUACCUCAUUAGCUUAAAGCAAUUAUACCGAUCAAAAUAAAUAAUAUAAAAAUAAUAAAACAGCAAUAUGUAAAUUUAAACUCUCUAAUAGUAGUUCUGUGUAUAGACUAGUUUCCAUUAAAAUUGUCGUUUUCAUUUCUUAAAGUAAGUAACAUUGAAAUCAAAUGGUAGAUUAGCUAAUUUUAGAUGCAGAGUAUGUUUCAUUUGCUCCAAGUGGUAUAUCCAUAUAAUUUUAAAGUUCCUCAUUAUUUGUUAUUGAAUUUUUUUUUACUCGUUACAUCAUUUUGGACUGUGAUAGUUAUAUCAUGUGUUUUAUUGUUAAUUUUUUUCACAUCACGAAUUUUUAUAAUUGACUUUGUUUCUGUUGACUUUUUCAAAGUUUAUUGUAAAAUGUUGAUUUAUUCAUACGUAAUAAUCUAUCUUUGUCAUCGUUAAGUAAAAAAAUCGUUGUAAAUAUUCUUUAAUUGCCAUACGUGAUAAUAGCGAAAUUAUUAUAUAAUACAAUGUAUUAAUAUUAUUGCUAUUACUUAUAAAUUUAAUAGAAAUGUUUAAUUAUUUAAAAUGAUGCAUGAUGAGACUUUAACCUUUAGGUAUUUACCUAAUAUGUGCGUGUAAUCAAUGCUUUUUGCAAAAUAAACGGAAAUCGUUUCGUAUAUAAAAUGA